ACCAAACCAAAAGUCGAGAAGAUCUAGAUGGCCAUUAUCCCAUCUUAAGAAACUCUACAGUUUUAGCAUUUUCGCUUAAGAAAUGAAAUGAACUGCAAGUAGGGUUUUUACCUUGACAUUUUGCAGGGUGUGAAAGAGGAGAGAAAAAUGGUUGAUAAUUAGUAUUUCGUCGUCGUAUUUCCUGACUCUCAAGUGGUGUUCUUCAUAAAUUCAGCGUUUAGACCAUGAUUCGUGAAAAUCUGAAAAUGGGGUUUUAAGAGUUUAUAAACCAAACUCAAGUAGCAGAAAUUUGUUCACCAAACCAUGGAAACAACGGAUAGAAUCAGUGAAUUACCUGAUGGGUUAAUCCAUCACAUCUUUUCUUUCCUUGAUAUUACAGAUGUUUUACAAACCUGUACUCUAUCAAGAAGAUGGAGGUAUCUUUGGCUUUCUCUACCUACUAUAAAAAUAGACGACUUCAAUAUUUGGGAUGAGGAUGAUGAUUUUGUCUCAUUCAAUAGAUUUAUAAAUUUUGUGGAUAGAUUGCUACUUUUGCGUGAUAGUAUUUCAGAGAUCCAAACCUUCAAACUGGUAUGGGGAAACGUUACUGUCUAUCUACAUGGCUUAGCAUUGCAGUAUGACGUAUCAAGUCGUCUCGCCUCAUGGAUCAUGGCUGCUGUUAAGCACAAUCUUCAAGAGCUAAUUACUUACAUCUUUGUAGAUCAGACGAUUAAGUUGCCUGGCAGUUUAUUCUCCUGUAAGUCAUUGACAAAGUUAGAGUUUUCUGGUGGUGGUAGGUACUUGACAGACUUGGUUCUGCCAAAUAUUACAGUGUAUAGUUUCCCCCGACUAAGAUAUCUGGCACUUAUGAGAGUCUCACUGCUUGGCGAUGAAAGCUUAACUAGUAAGCUUUUCUCAAGCUGCCCAGUUUUAGAGUCUUUGCAGUUAAUAGAUUGCAGUAUAAAGUUCAAUUUUUCUUCUCUUAGUCUUAAACACUUUGAAUCCGACAAUUGCACCGAAUGGUCAACUGAUGAUUAUGCCGUCACUGUCAAGUUAUGUGCUCCAAAUCUUACAUCCCUUAUCUGCAAAGAUUAUAUGUCACAAGAUUAUUCUCUAGACAACCUUUCUUCCCUGGUCACCGCUAAUAUUGGAAUGAGAGUGAAAAAUACUGAUCAGGAUCCCACACCGGAAAUGCCAAAAAUUUAUUCAGAGCUUGCUACAGAUGUAAAAAAGUUGUAUGGUGCUCGGAUGGUUAAAUUUUUAAGAGUAGUCCGUAACGUGACAGAUCUUACGUUGUCCUCCUCACCUGGGUUCCUUGAGGUUGUCUCGGAAUCUCCAGACUUGCUGGCAGGUGACCCCUACUUUCAGUUCUGUAAUCUGAGAUUUUUGAAGGCUGUAACAUGGGUGUCAAGAAACUGCAUGAAUUCGAUAGCAUACUUGGUUAAGAUAUCCCCUAAUAUCGAAUCUAUUUUCUUAACAAUACAACCGACAAAGUCAAAGACAAACAGCACAGGAGGCGAUUGGAUAGUAGGAUCAUCAUUUCCUUGCAUGCACUACCUCAAGUUUGUUCAAAUUCAGGGUAUCCAAGGAUGUCUCAAUGAACUCAAGUUUUUACAAGUUUUGUUGGAGAAAGCCAUUGUCUUGGAGAAAGUAACGCUUUUCUGUUAUAAAACAAAGUCACCUAAAAGAGCUGCACAACUAAUGGAAUUCGAAGAGAUGCUACUUGCAUAUCCUAGUGCUUCUUCAAGAGUGUCGAUCUCGAUUCAAUCGUAGGCAACAAAUAAAUCUUAAAGCUUUUCUUAUCAAAACUUUAUAUAGUAUCUACCAUCUAUGGCAUGCCGAAGAGAAGAAAAACAUAAAUGUGUGCGCAUGUUGUCUGAACAAUUAUAUUUCAACUCUUGAAACUGGCUUUUCUUUAAAUUGAUAGAACUUCAUGUUUUGCUUCGGUAAAA